AGUUGGGCGUUAGAACAAGGUGUUUGCGCCAAGUCAGCAGGAGGGCGCCGCGCGUGGAUUUCGCGAACGAAUUCCUGCCACUGCUCCUUCCCCGACUAUGACAUCCCCUGUUUUCCUCUGCCCCUUCACCCUCAUAUUUAUUCACCACCCCCAUUAGAUUUUUCCUUUAGCUUCCUCUCUCUCUCUCUCUCUCUUUAAUUUUCAUAUUCGUUAUUGAUUAUCUUGUGAAGUUCACCACCUUUUCAUCGGAUCGAGAUCUUUCCCCCCAUUGAAUUCUCCCAUACCAACUUGCGUUUCAUUGGUUUCGUUGUUUCUGCAGAAUUCGGCACUGUUCCGGGUCGAGUCUUCCAAAAGGUCUGAAUAAUCUCUCUGCUUGCCAUUUUUCUUUUGUGGUUCGUAGACGUUCCAUCCCUAUUCUUCGGAAAGGAAAUCACAUUAUCGAAUUCUUUCAAGAAUUUAAGCAAGGCAGGCAUGUGCCUAUGUGAAGUUUGUGUCUCUGUUCCUUUCCAAUGGAUCGUACACAAAGCUGUUCUUCUUUUUCUGAGUGAGCUCGUCCAUUUACCCUUUUGUUUAUAUAUAAAAGAUGAAAGUAAUUUAGCGUCGACCAUCAUUCAAUGGAUUUCAACGGUUGCUUUCGAUUGCAGAGCAAGGAGGAGGAUUUGAUCUUAGCUUCUCUAGUUGACACGAUUUCGUUCAUCGGGGCAUUUGCAUUGUUGUUUUCUCCUUCUCAAUGAAUUAUUUUACAUCUUUAAAGUUAGUAUUUUUUGGUCGCGUGCAGCGCCAUCGUAAAUUGCUCAUUUUUUCGGCUGAUUCCGCUUCUCUGUUUUCAAUGCAGAAACAGAGCAUCGAACCGGAGAGCCGCCAAAUGGCCGAACCACCGCAAAUGCCGGUACUCCAGAAGCCACCGGGCUACAAAGAUCCGAGCGUACCGGUCCAACCGCCCCCAAGAUAUCCGGUUAGCAAACCGGUCAUGCCACCUUCAUUGUACCCGAAGAAGAAGCGCCGUGGCUGUUGCCGCGCGUGUUGCUGCUGCUUGUGCGUCUUUAUAUUCCUCAUCUCCUGCGUCCUCGUAUUAGCUGGUGCGGCAUUUUAUGUCUGGUUCAGCCCGAGAAUCCCGGUUUUCCACCUCCAGUCGUUUGAGAUCCCCCGGUUCAAUGUGACGGUCAAGGCGGACGGCACUUACCUCAACGCCCGGACCGUAACGAGGGUUGAGGUCAAGAAUCCGAACGAGAAGCUGGGGUUGUACUAUGGCAGGACCAGCGUGGACAUCGGCCUAGGGCAGGACGGGGGGAUCGCAUUGGGGUCUGAGAGCCUGCCCGGGUUCAUCCAGGGGAAGAAGAACGUGACGAGUUUGAAAGUGGGGACGGAGGUGCGGGACCAGCCGUUGGAGGACGGGGCGGGCGCGGAUCUGAGGUCGGGGCAGCGAAGCAAGAGUUUGGUGGUGAAGGUGGCGGUUCGGACGAGCGUGGGGGCGAUUAUAGAGGGGUGGAAGGUGGGGAGGGUUGGGGUAAACGUCGAGUGUGGGGAUGUGACGGUGAAGGAUGUGGAGGGUGGGGACAUGCCCAAAUGCAAAAUUAAGUUGCUCUAUUGGAUCCCCUUAUAUUGACAUGAUGAUUACUGUCACGUGAAGAUAAAAGAAGGAAGAAACAAGACCUGAUAGAAUUUGAACGACGACAUUUGGUGACCCUUGCUGCACAUGCCGCUGAUUCUGAUGUUACUUUUGACCGCAUUAACCAUAACGCAGCCGUUUUAUGUUUUCCUUUUCAAAUGUUUUUUCUCCAUACAUACAAGGGAAAAAAAAAAGAAAAAAAAGGAAAACAGAAGUCAGAUGGCUCCCCACACAAGGGUUGAAGGAAGAGUCGAAGGUGGUGGGGUUAUGCGUCUCGGCCCUUCGUCUCCUUCUGAUGUAAUUUACUGCACAUAGCGAGCUCUUCUCCUAUUUGUUAUAUUUGGCCUGUCGAUGAUACGGAGAUCUCUCAUGUGUUGU